CAGAAGCAUCAGAUGGGCAACAGCAGCUCCAUCACCCACUUCCUCCUCCUGCCAUUCCCAGGCACAAGGCAGCUGCAGCUCCUGCACUUCUGCCUCUUCCUGGCCAUCUACCUGGCUGCCCUGCUGGGCAAUGGCCUCAUCAUCACCACCAUAGCCUGGGACCACCACCUCCACACCCCCAUGUACUUCUUCCUCCUCAACCUCGCCCUCACUGAUAUAGGCUGCAUCUCUACCACUGUUCCCAAAUCCAUGGCAAAUUCUUUCUGGGACAGCAGGGCAAUCUCUUACACAGGAUGUGCUGUUCAGGUCUUUUUUGUAUUCUGCUUGUUUGCAGCAGAGUUUUCUCUCCUCACCAUCAUGUCCUACGAUCGCUAUGUUGCCAUCUGCAGACCCCUGCACUAUGAGACCCUCCUGGGCAGCAGAGUUUGUGUCCACAUGGCAGGAGCUGCCUGGUCCUGUGGGGUUCUCUUUGCUCUGCUGCACACAGCCAAUACAUUUUCCCUGCCUCUCUGCCAGGGCAAUGUUGUGGACCAGUUCUUCUGUGAAAUCCCCCAGAUCCUCAAGCUCUCCUGCUCCACAUCCUACCUCAGGGAACUCUGGCUUCUUGUGGUCAGUGCCUGUUUAGUCUCUGGCUGUUUUGUGUUCAUGGUGGUGUCCUAUGUGCAGAUCUUCAGGGCAGUGCUGAGGAUCCCCUCUCAGCAGGGACGCCACAAAGCCUUUGCCACCUGCCUCCCUCACCUGGCUGUGGUCUCCCUGUUUGUCACCACUGCCAUCUUUGCCUAUUUGAAGCCCUCUUCUAUCUCCUCCCCACCCCUUGACCUGGUGGUGGCAGUUCUGUACUCGGUGGUGCCUCCAGCAGUGAACCCUCUCAUCUACAGCCUGAGGAACCAGGAGCUCAAGGCUGCCCUGAGCAAAGUGAUCACUGGAUGCUUUCAGAAGGAAUAA